CCUAUCCCUCUUCUUUCUUGUCUAAGGAAGUAGUGUUUGAGGAAAAAUGGUGGAUCUCUUGAUCUCCAAUCGGGCUUCAAGCUACGGAGGCACCCAUCCGUGUCAAGAGCCCUAGGCCCAUUAAGAGAGGCUCAAGAACGCUCUCUCUCUAAACGAUGAUUCCUCCAGUUGCAGGGUUCGUAAUGGAGGGACGACGGAGCAGAAACCGCAAGAGCGCGAAGCGUCGCAGAGCUCAAAGCAGCGAGCGAAACCGCGACGCUAAGAAGAGCAAAUCGGAGCCUUCAAGUUCUAGCUUCCUGGAAAAGAUGAAAGCGAGGCUAUCCGGUGGGCAUUUUAGGAUGAUCAACGAGAAGCUAUACACUUGCACCGGAGAAGAGGCACUUAACUAUUUUAAGGAGGACCCAUCACUUUUUAAUAUGUAUCAUGCAGGAUAUCAGGCUCAAAUGUCUCAAUGGCCUGAACAGCCAGUUCAUAAGAUAAUAGAAUGGCUUCAAGUUCACAGUCCUUCAUUGACCGUGGCUGAUUUUGGCUGUGGAGACGCGAGGGUAGCUAAAAGUGUGAAGAACAAGGUCUUCUCAUUCGAUCUCGUCUCAAAUGAUCCUGAUGUAAUAGCCGGUGAUAUGUCAAACACACGCCUUGAUUCUUCAUCUGUUGAUGUUGCUAUCUUCUGCCUUUCCCUCAUGGGGCUUAAUUACCCAAAUUACCUUAAGGAAGCACACAGAGUUCUCAAACCAAGUGGAUGGCUUCUUAUAGCAGAAGUAAAGAGCAGAUUGGAUCCAAAAACUGGGGGAGCAGACCCUAAUAAAUUCAUAAAAGCGGUCUGUGAGCUAGGAUUCACCCCAGUGUCUAAGGUAUGCUGUCUCUCGGCAACUACCCAGAGCUGUGUAAAGCCCAGAAACCUUAUUUAUCUCUUUUUUUGUAGGAGAAGCCAAUUUCAAAGAGGAAGGAAAUCGCGUGGCCAGAGUUGAAGCCUUGUAUAUACAAGCGCCGCUGAUGUCAAAGCUUUUGAUCUCUAAAUGUCGUCCAGAGUUACUUCUGUUUUAUCGUCAAUCGUCGUGGAUCACAGCUUAUGCGACUGUUGACCAGUGGUACAUAAAUUUUGGGAAUCGUAGGAAAAUCUGAUAUGCAGUAGGAUUCUUUUUAUCUCAGGGUCCGUCCUUGCAAGGAUUAGGCAGGUGAGGUGAGGCCCGGUUUAAAGAUAGCUUUUUGGUGGGCAAGGUGAAUCUGCCGGGGCUUUGUAUUCUUUUCUCUACUUACGAUGCUAUAGAUUACAGGUGAAGAGUUGGCUGCUCUGGUUGAUUUCCUUUUUCUCUUUGGGUAC